AGGAGUGUUUCCCAAACAUCUGCGCUCGCGGAAAGCUCAGCCUCAGUAAUGUCAACUCACUGAGAUUAGCUUAGCUUAGUGUAGCUGCGGCUAGCAGCCCCAGUUCCAUUUAACAUCAUUAGCAUCAAAUAUGGUAUAAAAAGGCAGGAAAAGAUGAAUCUUCGGGGAUUCUUUCAGGAUUUUAAUCCAAGUAAAUUCCUGAUCUAUGCGUGUCUGCUGCUGUUCUCGGUGCUGCUGUCUUUACGUUUAGACAGAGACAUAGAGUGGAGUUACUGGGCCGUGUUUGCACCCAUAUGGCUCUGGAAGCUCAUGGUCAUCAUCGGGGCAUCAGUGGGCACUGGGGUAUGGGCUCACAACCCUCAGUACAGGGCUGAGGGUGAGACCUGCGUAGAAUUUAAGGCCAUGCUGAUCGCUGUCGGGAUCCAUCUCCUCCUCUUGACAUUUGAGGUUCUGGUGUGUGACCGUGUGGAGAGAGGGAAACACUUUUGGCUGCUGGUUUUCAUGCCGCUGUUUUUCGUCUCGCCCGUCUCCGUGGCAGCGUGUGUGUGGGGCUUCAGGCACGACCGCUCACUUGAGCUCGAGAUCCUGUGCUCUGUAAACAUACUGCAGUUCAUCUUCAUCGCACUGCGGCUGGAUAAAAUCAUCAACUGGCCGUGGCUGGUGGUCUGUGUGCCGCUGUGGAUUCUCAUGUCCUUCCUGUGUCUCGUGGUGCUUUAUUACAUCGUCUGGUCUGUGCUUUUCCUGCGCUCGAUGGACGUGAUCGCAGAGCAGCGUCGCACACACAUAACCAUGGCCAUAAGCUGGAUGGCUAUUGUUGUGCCCCUGCUGACUUUUGAGAUCCUCCUCGUGCACAAGUUAGAUGGUCAUUACGAGUCCAAAUUUGUGCCGGUCUUUGUGCCGCUGUGGAUCUCCCUGGUGACACUGAUGGCAACUACGUUCGGCCAAAAAGGAGGCAAUCACUGGUGGUUUGGCAUUCGUAAGGAUUUCUGCCAGUUCCUUUUGGAACUCUUUCCUUUCCUGCGGGAGUACGGCAACAUCUCCUACGACCUGCAGCAUGAAGACUCCGAGGUGUCCGAAGAGCUUCCUGCCCAUGAGCCGCCAAAGAUUGCACCCAUGUUCCGCAAAAAGACGGGCGUCGUCAUCACGCAGAGUCCUGGGAAAUACUUCGUGCCUCCUCCUAAGUUAUGCAUCGACAUGCCGGAUUAAAAUGAAUUCCUUGAACAUUGAGUGAGUGGAAUGUAGUGCCAUGUACUAGAGUUCCCGUCCGGCCAGCGGGAGAACCCCGGAAGUGAGUGAGGCAAAACAUUCUAGACAGUCUCGGCUCCUGUGUGCUGAGAUUAAAACUUGAACGAAGUGGCAGGCAGCGAGCAUGACUUGCUGUUUGACUUUCCCCCGGUAAUCUUUUCCACACUCCUACGUUCCCAUCACUCCUUUAACACUCACUGUAGUCUUGCCAGAGUAAGCCGAGUACAAUGUGAGAAAGUUAUGUAGCUAAGCCAAAGAACAUUAGAUGGGUCAUGAAGCUGGGGUAAUGUCCAAUGCUGCCAUUUUUUCCAGCAAUACAUUACUUUUUCUUUUUUUAAAUCUGUGUCCAAGUAUGGCAGCAGCGAACAAUUGAAUUAUUUUUGCUAUGACUUUAUGUUUGUAGUUGAUCAGUCACCGUUAACCUGAGGACACUGACUCACCAACACACGUUUAUGGACCAUGUAGAAGUAUUUAUAGCCUUAUCACAUUGUGAUGUGUGUAUUUAAGAAAUUCUGUCGUGUUACUCUCGCCUGUUGACCCGUUUCCUGGUUUAUCACCGAAAAAUAAUCCAAUUCUGAAGCAACUCUAUAUAACACUAGCAGCUGAAUUAAAAGACUUCUGUUCGAUUUAUUACACACUAGGCUUGUGCGAUAUUGAUCUUUCCCUGGUCACCAUUUACCAUUACAUUUACUCAUCUAGAACCUUAAAAACGGGAAGAGCAUUUUCACCAUUUUAGGUGUAAGGAGAGUAGGUGAGGAAUGAUAAUAUUACCAAUUUGCAGUCAGGCAGGGACAAUCGCACAGACUGGAUGCUGGAUUAAAAAAAAAAAAACUACAUACUUGAUAUAAUCAUACUGUACAUACUGACCAGCACAGGAGAGAAAAAACACCACUGAUUUCGAGUCCGAAUCACCAUUAACUUCAUUUAUAAGGCAUAAGAUUUGGCACUUUGUGGGUUUUUUCUGUUACUCUGAAGUUCCCAAAAGGAAACGUGCCAUUUUUGGACUACAGUUUUGUUCCAGUUCCAUAUAUCUUUACCUGAUGAUAACUAUACAGGUGUGUAAAGUUCACUAGGAGUGUGUGUGGAACACAUAGGCAGUGUAAUAACAACACUCACUGGGGGAGUGAUGCGGCAAGACGCACAAGCAAGAGUUACCGUCGCCAUUGAAGUGUGUUAUUCUCGUACAACAGUGCGGUGUGAAGUGUGUUCGUCUGCGUAUAGCGCAACAGUUACACUGAUCAUUUAUUAAUGAUCGACUUGUCGCACAUUUUAACAGUUUACAGUGAGAUCAAUGCUGUGGAACGUCUGAGAGACGAGAUCCUGUUCUUAUUUAUUUAUAGCAGCUUUAAACAUUCUCUCUCUCUCUCUCCUACUCACAGCUUGUCAUUUUACUGAUAAACUGACAAUCUAAACUAUACUUUUCUCUGCUUUUGAAAUUAGAAA